GUUAAAGGCAGACACGAGAGAAUGGAAACUUUCUAUCAUCAACUGACUCAAGGCAGUGCCCUGCUGCUCAUCAUCAUUUUGGGCUUUGGAGGAAGCUUUCAGUCUGGUUACCAUAUAACUGGACUCAGUUCCCCUUCACCAUACAUUCAGCACUUCAUCAACAGCACCUGGUAUGACAGAUACAAAGAGCCUCCAGCUCCACAGAAGGUCACCAUGAUCUGGUCUCUUAUUGUCUCCAUGUAUGCUGUUGGGGGACUCUUUGGUGCUGUCAGUGUCAAACUCUUCUCGCGGAGACUGGGGAGAAAGCAAGCAAUGAUCUGCAACAGCUUGAUUUCCAUUAUUGGAGCAGUGAUAAUGCUGACAAGUAAGGAGGCGAAGUCCUUUGAAAUGAUCAUUGUGGCGAGGACGCUGUAUGGAUACUCUUCAGGUUUAGGAGUGAGCCUCCAUUUAAUGUACCUGGGGGAGAUUUCACCCAGGAAGAUCAGAGGCCGAGUGACUCUAACUUCAGCCACUUUUACUUCACUUGGUAAACUUUCAGGACAGUUUUUCGGAUUAAGUGAGAUUCUUGGCGGUCAGGACGUUUGGCACAUUCUCCUCUGUGUCCCUGUGUGUUUCUCCGUGGUUCAGGUUUUGGUGCUGCCUUUUCUUCCAGAGGCUCCCAGAUAUUUAUUUAUAGAGAAAGGAGAUGACAUAGCCUGCAAAAGCGCCCUCCAGAGUUUAUGGGGUAACAGUGACUAUAAGGAAGAAAUGGAAGAGAUGUUGAUUGAGCACAUGGCUCUUGAAGCUUCUCCACCAAAGAGCCCUCUGCAGCUGCUGAAGAACAGGACGGUGCGAUGGCAGCUCAUCACCAUGUUCGUCAUUUACUGUUGCAACCAGAUGUCAGGCAUGACAGCGAUCAGCACCUUCUCCUUCUUCCUGAAUGCUGGUGUUCCAAGAGACAAGAUCCGCUACGUCACUCUUGGUCUCGGAAUAUCUGAAAUCCUCACCUCCAUCUCCUGUAGUCUUGUGAUAGAAAAUACAGGGAGGAGGCCGUUGUUCUGGGGAGGAUAUGCUGUCAUGUCUGCUAUCUGGAUGGUGGUAACGGUCAUGUUAAACCUAAAGGAUUUAAGCUGGGUUCCCUACGCUACUUCUUCUCUUAUCUUCCUCUUCAUCAUCUCCUUUUGUGGAGGACCUGGGGCGGCUACAGCUACACUGAGCAGUGAGAUCUUCAUUCAGUCUGAUCGUCUUGCAGCUUUCGUUCUCAUGGGGCUGCAUCGUUGGUUCCUGUUCGCUGUGAUGGGCCUAAUUUUUCCAUUCAUCAUUGAUGCAUUCAGCUCAUACUGCUUUCUGCUGUUUGCUGGUGUGUGCGUGCCGGGCAGCCUUUAUACCUUCUUCCUCCUGCCUGAGACCAAAGGGAAGACUUUGGUGGACAUUUCAGAAGAGUUUAAAGCCAUUACGGUCUGUGGGAAAUCCUUCUUGGAGGAAGAAAAAGUGGAGACCAAGUUGUAAGCCUGGGGCAUCAUAGGAGACACUUUAAAUUGAAGAAAAAUGCAAUUUUUAUGCAAAACCUUUUUUUUUUUUUAAGAUUUAAAGGAUGCAUUUGGGAAUUUUUAUCUCAUUCAAAUUUCAUCCUUUUUUCUGUUUAAGUCAAUAGAUUUUCAAGGAUUGUUGAAUGCAACUUUUCUACAUCCAGUGCUGUACUAAGAUGUGUAAAAUGCUAAUUAUUCAAAUAAAUUAUAUUCUAACCAACGGCUUCUAGAUCAGUGGAGCUGAGCUGUCUUUCAUGCAACAAGUGACCAGGUGGAGAAACUAUCUCUGUGUCUGUAUCAUGUUUGUCUCUGAGUGGUCAGUUCACUCCUGCCUCCCCCUUUCUAGUAAUAAAUCAUCCACCGUUGCCUUUGGACUCUGCACUGUGUUGAC